UUGGUUAGGUGAGUCACACUGAAGUGUGAAAGCUUUAGCACAAACACCAAAUCUCAUUCUUCUUCUUCCGAUUAGAAAAAAAAAAAUCAUCUGAUUUGCAGAUCAAAAUGAUGCUUGUUCGAUCGGUGUUUCGAUCUCAGUUGAGACCUUCUGUCUGGGGUGGUCUGCAAUCUGCUUCUUGCUAUGCUUACUCUUCUUCAUCUGCUGCUUCAGCUGAAGCUGAAAGGACUAUCAGAGAAGGUCCCAGAAAUGACUGGAGUAAAGAUGAAAUCAAGGCUGUUUAUGAUUCUCCUGUUCUUGACCUCCUCUUCCAUGGAGCUCAGGUUCAUAGACAUGUUCAUAACUUCAGGGAGGUACAACAAUGUACUCUACUCUCCAUAAAGACUGGUGGGUGCAGUGAAGACUGUUCAUAUUGUCCUCAAUCCUCCAGAUAUAGCACUGGAGUGAAGGCACAAAGACUCAUGAACAAGGAUGCUGUCAUUGAAGCUGCAAAGAAGGCAAAAGAAGCUGGCAGCACACGUUUUUGUAUGGGUGCUGCAUGGCGAGAUACAAUUGGACGAAAAACCAACUUCAACCAAAUACUUGACUACAUCAAAGAAAUAAGAGGCAUGGGGAUGGAAGUUUGCUGUACCUUAGGCAUGAUUGAGAAACAACAAGCAUUAGAGCUAAAGAAGGCUGGCCUCACUGCGUAUAACCACAAUCUCGAUACUUCAAGAGAGUACUAUCCAAACGUCAUCACUACUAGAAGUUAUGAUGACCGCCUUGAAACUCUUGGGCAUGUUCGUGAUGCUGGAAUCAAUGUCUGUUCAGGAGGAAUCAUAGGGCUUGGAGAGGCAGAGGAGGACAGAGUAGGUUUAUUACACACACUAGCAACACUUCCUUCUCACCCUGAGAGUGUUCCCAUAAAUGCUCUGCUUGCAGUGAAAGGCACUCCUCUUGAAGACCAGAAGCCGGUUGAGAUAUGGGAGAUGAUCAGGAUGAUUGGAACCGCACGUAUCGUAAUGCCAAAAGCAAUGGUGAGGUUAUCUGCUGGGAGAGUCAGGUUCUCAAUGCCCGAACAAGCUCUCUGUUUCCUUGCUGGUGCAAACUCUAUCUUCACCGGAGAGAAGCUUUUAACCACACCAAACAAUGAUUUUGACGCUGACCAGCUCAUGUUCAAGACAUUAGGCCUCACUCCUAAACCGCCAAGCUUCUCUGAAGAUGAUUCUGAAUCAGAGAACUGCGAGAAAGUUGCUUCCGCUUCUCAUUAGGAUUAUUAUCCACUUUGUUUGUUUGUAUUUUUUUGGAAUUGGGGACACUAUAAAGAAGUCCCUUUUACCAUGUAGCAUGAUUUGAUGGUUUAUGUGAUACCAUUGUUCCGUUAUUCAUA